AUGUCUCUGGAUAUUUCUGACAUGGACCUGGGCUCUGUUACGGCUAACAUUCUUGCUGAGUGGAAAGGCCAUGAUAGCCCCUUUGGAGAAGAUCAGGACUCACUUCAUUCUGCAUCGCCGGAGUCCUCCAUGGACUCCAUGUGCUCCUCACCGGAGAUGUGCUACUCCAGUGGGCACCAGGAGAUCAACGACUUCUCCUUUGGCUUCCCGGGACGCAAGGCGGCUCCGGCUGCGCAGAAACACGGCAAACCUAAGAUGUCCACCAAAAGACGCAUGAAGGCCAGCGAGAGGGAGAAGAUGCGGAUGAGGAGUCUCGCAGAGGCCCUGCAUCAACUCCGGGACUAUCUGCCACCGGACUACAGCAAGAGAGGCCAACCUUUGACCAAAAUACAAACCCUCAAAUACACUAUUGAAUACAUCAACCAGCUCUCAGACAUACUGAACCGUGCGUAA